AUGAACAUUCGUUUGGAGAUGGAAUUUGAGAAGGAGAUAGGAGUAUUGCUUCGUGAACAGCGGCGACACGAAGCCGAUGAUCGUGAAAAGGAGCUGAACUUGUAUAGAAGUGGGUCAGCCCCACCCACUGUUGAGGGUUCAUUGAAUGCAGUUGGUGGGUUGUUUAAUCAUGGUGGCGACGGCGGUGAUAGCAGUGAUGGUGCUGCCUUUUUGGAGUUUGCUCGGACUAAGAGUGGUAAUGGGUUUAUGUCUGAGGAGGAGCUUAGGUCUGAUCCUGCUUAUUUAUCUUACUAUUAUUCGAAUGUGAAUCUAAACCCUAGGUUGCCACCACCUUUGUUGUCGAAGGAGGACUGGCGGUUUGCACAGAGGUUGCAAGGAGGAAGUUCAGCGAUUGGAGAUAGGAGGAAGGUGAAUAGGAAUGAUACUGGUGCUGGUGGGAUAUCAUUGUUUUCGAUGCCACCAGGGUUUAGUUCGAAGAAACAAGAUAGUGAGAAUGACUCGCAGAAACUGCAAGUUUCAGCUGAAUGGGGUGGCGAUGGGCUAAUUGGUUUGCCUGGGAUAGGAUUGGGUACCAGACAGAAGAGCCUUGCUCCGAGACCACAAAGAUUCGAAUCUUUGUGCCAAACCCCAAGAGCCCUAAAUCACACUCAAAGAAAUCCAA